ACUGGCCAUUUUCAGAAGCUUCUGUGGUCUGCCGAGGGGACAUGCAGGUUUUACUCUGUCUGAUUUGUGCCUUUGGCCUUUUUGGUCAGUAUCAUCCAGCACCUUUACCACUGGAGGAUGACGGAUCGGUGCAUCCGACGAGACCUGUUCAGAACGACCUGUCCCUGGCAACAAAAUACCUGCAGCAAUUCUACAGUUUCCAAGCAGAUCCCGCGGGCCGCAGGAGGAGAAGUCGUCCCUCGUUCUCUUCCAAAUUGAAAGACAUGCAGAGCUUUUUCGGGCUGAACAGGACAGGAACCCUGAACCCAGACACCCUCGCUGUCAUGAGCGCUCCUAGAUGUGGCGUCUCAGAUGUGGAGGAUUACAGUCACAGACGUGGAAACAGGUGGAAGAAAAGCGUCAUCACUUAUGGCGUUGGGAGAUACACCAGUGACUUACCAGUGAAUACAGUGGACACUCAGAUCGAGUCGGCUCUAGAUGCAUGGGCAAAGGCAAGCCCUCUCACUUUCCAGAGGUCAUAUUCUCACCAGGCGGACAUCAUGGUGGAGUUUGUCGGAAACGAACAUGGAGACUCCUUCCCCUUUGAUGGUCCAGACGGCACACUGGCCCACGCUUUUGGUCCGGGGGAAGGCAUCGGGGGGGACGUUCAUUUUGAUGAAGCUGAAGCAUGGACGGCUGGGUUCAAAGGGUUUAACCUGUACGUGGUAGCUGCACAUGAGUUUGGUCAUGCACUUGGUUUAAAACACUCGCAAAACCCGGAGUCGGUGAUGUAUCCGACGUACAAAAAUAGAAAAACACACAACCUGCUCUCUAGUGAAGAUAUCAUGAACAUCAACACACUCUAUGGGCCAAGGGACAAAAGGCCCCAUCCAUCUUCAAGAUUUAGUUGGAGCUAUCCCAGCAACCCCUGGUACAGUGGUUCAUAUUUCCCUGUGUCAUUCAAGGACACAUGUAAUUCCGAUCUGACUUUUGAUGCGGUGACUACUGUAGGAGAAGCUAUUUUCUUCUUCAGGGACAGAUACCUGUGGAUCAAACACAAUAAUCAAAAUGAUAUAAAGGAAGGUCCCAUCAGCAAUUUCAUGCCAAAAAUUGAUUGUCAGAUUGACGCUGCUUACUGGGUCCCUCAACGGUCAACAGCGUAUCUGUUCAAUGGGACAAUUUUCUGGACUGUGAAAGGAUCCCAAGUCAAAGGCAGACCGAAAAACAUCAGCAGUCUGGGGUUCCCGUCAUGGGUACAGCAGAUAGAUGCUGCGGUCCACAUUCACAAAACUGUACACACCCUAUUCUUCACCCAACACCAGUACUGGAGGUAUAAUGAACACAACAAGACGAUGAAUGACUCCAGCCCACGGAACAUUUCUGAUGAUUUCCCAGAAAUAAAUGGACCUAUAAGUGCAGCAAUUUAUAAAGAUGGUUCUCUUCAUUUCUUUGUUGGCUCAGAUGUGUAUAAAUAUGACGUCAAACGAAAGGAAAUUAUCGGAGCAGAUAAGACAACUUCCUGGCUUGGAUGUUAACAGACAUUCAUUAGACUAAUAGUUCCUAAAUCCGAUAAUUUUUUUUAAAAGGUGAAUCGUUAUUUUCGCAAUUCUGGUUAAUGCAGCAAAAGUGGCAUUACACGUGACAAUUCACCUGUAAAGAUGGCAUUAAGUUGUACUGAAUUGUUUUUUCAGCAUGCCGUGCUUGUGUUUUAUGUGGUAAAUGCAAAUGUAUCUGAAAAGUCAGAAUGUGGUGUAAAUUCAAAUUUACGACUGUAUCAUUACUUCUGAAGAAAAUAACUUGUUUGGCAUUCAGUUCUGCAGUUGCAUGACUGAGGUAAACCAAAGUAUUUAGACUGAAUGUGCACUAAUCAGUGCGUGUGUUCAUGACUGUAAUAAAAUAAGGUAAAAGAGUGCUUGUGGACAUCCUUUACAUGUAAAAUGAGGAUUUCGGAAUAUACAAAAUGAACAUAAUCUUAAACCAUUUACAACAAAUCAUGAUAAUCAUAAUCCUCUUCAGCCACUAAGACUACUGAUGUAACACUAGACGUGAUCUCAUUUUGUGGACAACAAAAGCCACUAAAUGCCUGACAAUA